UUUCUGGGCUGUAAUAGUGACUGCGGAAGGAAAGCCCCGGGCGGGCUGCGAGCGACUCUGCUGCUGUGCGCGCUGCCGCUGGGGUGGGCUCCUCCAUGGAGAGGAGGGACGGAGAGCAAGGCGACCCCCAGUCUCGAACCGGCGGUCUCCGGGGGCCAGUGCUGCACAUCGCGGUGGUGGGCUUCCACCAUAAGAAAGGCUGCCAGGUUGAGUUCUCCUAUCCUCCCCUAAUCCCAGGAGAAAGUCACGACAGCCACAGUCUGCCAGAGGAAUGGAAAUAUUUACCUUUCCUUGCACUGCCAGAUGGUGCUCACAAUUAUCACGAAGACACUGUAUUUUUCCACUUGCCACCAAGAUGUGGAGAUCGGAGCACUGUGUAUGGUGUCUCAUGCUAUAGGCAGAUUGAAGCCAAGGCAUUGAAAGUGCGGCAGGCAGAUAUUACCCGAGAAACUGUACAGAAAAGUGUCUGUGUUCUGUGUCAGCUGCCUCUCUAUGGGCUACUCCAGGCAAAGCUGCAGCUAAUUACACAUGCCUAUUUUGAAGAAAAGGAUUUCUCACAGAUUUCUAUUCUUAAGGAGCUUUAUGAGCAUAUGAACAGCUCUUUGGGAGGAAGCCCACUGGAAGGGUCGCAAGUUUACCUUGGGUUGUCUCCACGAGAUCUUGUCCUUCAGUUUAGACACAAGGUCUUAAUUCUUUUUAAGUUGAUUCUUCUAGAGAAAAAGGUUUUGUUUUAUAUCUCGCCAGUGAAUAGGCUGGUGGGAGCACUGCUGACUGUGUUAUCACUUUUUCCUGGUAUGAUAGACCACGGCCUUAUUGACUGUUCACAGUACCGGCCAAGAAAGAGCGUUUCUGAUGAUGCCGCCAACCAGGGAAUUGCUCUCCCAGUCGAGGAUUAUGUUUCACUGUCUGCUGCGGAGCUUUUCAGUACUAACCAGGGAAGUGCUGAGGAAAGCCAGGUUUUGUUGGGAAACCAAGAACUUGCGACCCAGAAGGUGGAUAUGCCUCUAUUCGAGACUGAGGAUUACGCCAAUAAAGCUUCUAAUGACAUGGGACAGCAUUUGAAACCUCCUUCUCACACUUCUCCAGAGUCCUCUGAGAGCGACUGGGAAACCUUAGAUCCAAACGUCCUGGAGGACCCCAAUUCAAAAGGAGAACAUGAACCUUCUGUGAUGUCAGGGCAGCCUGAAAUCCUUCCAAAGGAAUUGGUGGUCUCUGGGAGCAUUCCGAUUACCAUGCAGCCCCAAGCAAAGACUGGGCGGACAGUGUUCAUUCCUGGACUUAUAUCUGGGUUAGAAGAAGACCAGUAUGGCAUGCCUUUAGCUAUCUUUACCAAGGGAUAUCUUUGCUUACCAUACAUGGCACUGCAGCAACACCAUCUCCUCUCUGAUGUAACCAUUCGUGGCUUUGUUGCGGGAGCUACCAACAUCCUCUUCCGCCAGCAGAAGCAUCUAAGUGAUGCCAUUGUAGAGAUUGAAGAUGCUCUUGUCCAAAUCCAUGACCCAGAGCUCAGGAAGGUUCUGAAUCCCACCACGGCUGACCUGAGGUUUGCAGAUUACCUGGUGAAGCACGUGACGGAGAACAGGGAUGACGUAUUCCUGGACGGCACUGGCUGGGAAGGAGGUGACGAGUGGAUCCGGGCUCAGUUCGGCUCCUACCUCCAUGCAUUGCUAGCAGCUACGCUUCAGCCAGACAAUGAGAAAAUACUGUCAGAUUUUGGAACGGCCUUUGUAGCAGCUUGGAGGAAUACACAUAAUUACAGAGUGUGGAACAGCAAUAAACACCCAGCUCUUGCAGAGGUAAAUUCUAGUCACCCAUUCCAAGGUCAAUAUUCAGUUUCAGAUGUAAAAUUAAGAUUAUCACAUUCUGUGCAGAAUAGUGAACGGGGUAAGAAGAUAGGCAAUGCCAUGGCGACUACCAGUCGGAACGUUGUACAGACAGGAAGAGCUGUAGGGCAGUCAGUCGGAGGGGCCUUCACAUCUGCGAAGUCAGCCAUGUCCGCCUGGCUUUCUACUCUCACCCAAUCACCCCAGAGCCUUGGAGAGUAGCUGUUCUGGGUUGGACCAAUUCCUUGUGCUUUGUUUUGGAAGAGUACACAAAUAGUUUGUUGAACAAACCCGUACAGAUGGUUUGAAGCAUCAUGAAGAUAAAGAAUGGCCUUUUCAAGCUGUUUGUUAGGAUGUCAUUUGCAUUUAAUGCCUUGUUGUGUUUAAAUCUGAACCUUCGUAGACUAUUCAUGUAGGACAGGCUUUAUUUUCCAAUAUAUGCUGUUCUGUGGAUGGUGAAGAGUUUUAUGUAAAUCUUGCUAUAUUUUAAAAUCCCUUCCUCUAGAUCUGUUGGGGUUUUUUUUCUUUUUGCAUCCACCGAAUCAUAUUUAAGGUUGGAACACAAAACUUGCCUGUACAGCUAACAUUUUGACCACAAGAUUAAACUCUCCUCCACCUCGGAUCCUGUAUGGAGAAAUUAUUUCCUUCCAUUUCAAUGGAAUAUACUUCCAUAAACCCAUGCAUAGGAUUGAGUACCUGCAUGCGGUACAAAGUGAAACAAAUGAAUAGUUUUUGAUGGAUAAUGGCGUCCUUUUUAUCUUUUAAAAACACAGGCAGUAAUGCUUUUCCCCAGCCUUAUUUAAGAGUUUAAAUUUAGAAUGGUCUGAAAAGCUGGCUGAAAUACCGAACUCUCAUAGUCUAAGAGCGCCUGUGCUUUGUUUGUAAGAGCUGCUUCUUGGAGAAACCAUGUUUGCUCAAUUAAAAGUCCCCAUUCUGUUAAUGAUGUAUAUAUAUGAUCUUAGCUUUUUUUUUUGUCCAAUGACUGGGGAAACUGUUUAAUUUCUUGUUCCUUUUCCCUUCUUCUGUGCAUCUCCAAUCGGUGUUAACCUUUCCCCCGUGAAUACCUAUAAGUACCUACCUCUCUAGUAAAGUUGGGCUCUGCAGGGGAGUCAGAAAUUUUCCUGCUUGCUCUCUUUGUUCAUAGCUGCUAUAGAAUUCUUUAGUUCAAUGUGUGAACUAGCAAGUUCCUGUAGUUGCAGACAGAAGCGUACACAAGAUCGCAUGUGUGUGCUAACAACUCAGUUUGUAGCAGACAUGGCAUAUUACUGCAUGACUAUUAUUUACCCAAGGAGAAUAAAGACUGCUAAGGGUGUUCACCCAUCCCCCCCACCCCCCCACACACAUUCUCUUUUAAAAUUUAAAUGCAAAAGCAACUUUCACAUUUCUUCCUUGACUAACCUCACUUUCAAACCUCGAACAAGCCAAAUGGGCAAGAAGUCUUCUGUAGUAGUGUCGCCCAACGAUUUCUGGAUUUCUUCUUGAAAAUUGAAUACUCAUAUGGUACUAAUAAACAUCUUGGGCCUGCUUGUGAUAGAGAACAAUUCCAACUCUGGGCUUCGACCUACUUCUACAAAACCCUAGUUUGUGAUUAUAUUAGAAGGUGACUUUUAUAGAUGUAGUCAGAUCACUUUAUGCAAUUUUCGUAUACCACAGGAUGAAUUAGAAUCCACUGUAUAACUAUUUUAUACAAAACAAAGACUAGAAAUAAGUUGGGGCACACUGACAAAUACAGACGGCAAACCAUGAAAUGUGACCUUGGUACAUGAGUGUGUGUUCACUUGCUGUAGGUACAACACUCUGCAAGUCUGCAUUUCAAAUAGCUUCAUGCAAACAGUUUUGACUAUAAUUGGUAACUUCAGGCCUCUUCCCCCAAACUGCUGAGCCUGGACACAUCUUGUAUUCUUCAAAUGUAUAAAAACAGUGAAGGUGCUAACAACAUAAACAACUCAAAUGAGCCUCUGCCCCAAGGUUCAGAUCUUACACUACAGAUACUACCUGUGUUUACCUAGUAUAUGUUGGCCUUGGGGUUCUAAUGCACAGGUACGACCCUUUUACUGAAAUUUGGAAAGACCUGGGUAUGCCAUGGCAGAAUAAACUAGACCUUGUACCAUCAUAUCCUGCCACCUUUCAUAGAGCUAUAUUUCAGAAAGAUUAAGCUGCAGAAUCCUCAAACACAAUUGCCAUUAUAUCAGAAGAAAAAGGGAAGAGAAAGUAUACAUAAAUUUAACAAUGAUAUAGAAAACAGUAAAUUAUGAUGGCAACAAUUAUGAAAAGUAAAUAAUGAUAAUUAAAUGAUCAUAAUAAUUAUAGUAAAAAAUUCUUUCCCUAUACCGUACUUCAUAAACCCAAUAAUAAUGCUGGACAAUAUUAUAACACGAAUGGUAAUUAAAUAGAAUAGAAAAAAAUUGCAGAAGUGAUUACCAUUAUAAACUUCUAGUAUUGAAAAUUGAGUUCACAUUUUAUUAUCAUCAAUCCAUGAGAUAUUUAAAUAUUCCCCCCUUAACAUUUUUUUUCAAUACAAUAUAACGAGAAUUAUUGAUAAUUCAUAUACCUCACUUCCACAACUCUCUCUUCUCUCGUUCUUUUUAGAAUAAUAUAAGUAGUAAGUUUUCAAUUUGUCUUCAAACUCUGGUCUUUUAUUCACCUAGUUCCUUAAUUUUGCCAUUACUGCACAUUCUGCUAGAAUGGGUUUUUUCUACUCUUUCCUACAUGGAUACUCAUCUGCUUUCCAUGUUGUUCCAAAUAUAACUGGUUGUCAUUAUCAUAUAUCUGAACAAUUCUUCCAAUUUUUUCCCCAUUUUUGGGCAUAUGGCCCAACAGCAUGCUCUUGGCUUCCAUCGUAAAUUGAUGGGUUUUUUUUUAAGUUUUCUGGAUUUCAGCAUGGAAUUACCAACAUAACAUUUUUUGUCUUUGCACUUCUACCACAUUUGAUAAAGAGUACUGUCCAACACUUCCUUUUGUAGGUCUUGUCCAUCUUUUCAGUAUCCUUUGGAGUAAUGUACCACCUAUAAAAAUUUUUAUACUAGUUUUCUAUUAAUGUUUGGCUGUAAAUUUUAUAUAUAUUGUCCACAAGGUUUCCCAUUGUUGAAGAGACAUUUCUGUCUCAAUAUUUUGCACCCAUCUAACUAUAGUUGUUUUAACUUGUUUCUGUAUCAAAUUGAAGUGACAAGCUUAGAAAUUCAUCCUAAUCGUUCUGUUGGCUGUGUUAUUCGCCUUUUCAGAUUCAGUCAACUCCCUUAUUAUGUCUCUUGCGGUCUGAAUGCCUUUUUCAAUCUUUGGAGCCAGUUGAAAAUAUAGUAGCUAUUGUAAUUUUUUGUUUUCAUCCUUCCUCUUUUGCCAAGACUUCAUUUCUCCUUGAGAGUUCAUCAUAUCUCCAUGUAUUAUGAAAUCAUUAUUUUUUCUCACACUUUAUCAUAAUAUGCUCCUAUUGGGGAUGUUACGGGGAUACUGGAAGACUAACUUUUCUUUGGGUAGAUUGCCAGAUUCUGAGUAAACUAAUUACAUGACUCCUAUUUUACAUUGUAUUUUUGACUGAUUUUUAUUCCAUAAAUAAUUAUGUAAACCUUCAGAUCCAUCAUUUCUAACCUUAUUACUCUUUGAUCCAGAUUUUUGAUCCAAUCCACAAUCCAAACCAGGUCAGCUGCUUGGUAAUAUAAUUUUGGUAUGCCAGUCCUCCUGUAUCUCAUCCUGUAAUACUUUAAAUUGGAUUCAUGGCUUUUUGCCACCCUGUAUCAACUUAUUUCUGCCAUUCCUUCAACGUUUUGUCUUGUAUAUAGAUUGGGAAUGUAUGGAACAGAAAAUUUAAUUUUGGCAGUACUUUAGUUUUUAUUGUUGAAAUUGUUCCUAAUUAUGAUUUUUUUUAGUUUGCUCUAUCUCUGCAGAUCCUCUUGUAUUUUCACUCAUAUUGUAUCUUCCCCCGUAAUGUCUGGUCAGGUUUAUCUCCAAGUAUUUAACAGGAUUCAGUGCUACUGCACAUCCUGUAGCCCUUCAGAAAUCGUCUUCUCCCUGCUUUGUUAAAAUGUUUUAAACUAUUUUACCGGUAGUCUGUUUCCAAUUCAUCUUACAACUUCAAAAAGAUCAAAAAAUUUCAAUUUGUACUAUUAUGAUUGCAUCGAUAGGUAAGGUAAGGUUUAAAAAUUGUCAACUCUGCAUCAUCAGCAUCACUUUUCAUUUUAAACUCUUCUUCGUCCACCUCCAAUCCUUUAAUUCUAAGGUAUUUCCUGACCUUAACAGCCAGCACUUCUAACAGAAGAAUAAAUAAAAGCGGUGAUAAUGAACAUCCUUGAAGUGUUCCUUUUUCGAUUUGAAAUCCGUCGGUUAGCACUCCAUUUAUUAAAAUUUUUGCACGCUGUUUUGUAUUUAUACUCUGUAUCCAGCUCAUUAAUCUUGAGCCACAACUUCCAAGUGAUUUCAAUUGAAAAGACCAAGUUAGGACCAUGAAUGAUGCUUUCUUCUCCUUUCUUCACGAAUUCUAUUGCACUAAUUACAAAACAUACAUUGUCUUUCAUACAUUUCUUUGGUACAUUUGGUCUCACUGAAUUUUUAAAAUGACAAUUCAGUAAUUAUUGUGUAUAUGCAUUUAUAAUAACCACGGUCUUGGAAUAAAAGCUCAGUAUUUCACUGCUUAAACAACAAUGCCAGUUUCAGCACAAAAACGAGCAGUAUUGAGUUGUAUAAUGUAUGUGUCAAUGCCGUUCCUUCUGAUUAGAAAUAAGUAGAAGAGUUUGUUAUUGUAUUGCUAUGUGUUCAAUAGUAGUUAAGCGCUUCCAACACAGCUUAUAUACACUGAACAUAUUUGUAAGACCCACAUUAGUGGAUUUGUGAAAUAGCAUACAUGUGUAUUACAGAAAAAUAAUAUCAAGUUAUAUGAAACGGUUUGUGUUCCAGCCAUUUACAACCUGUCUUGUGGACCACGGGCAUAUGAGACAUAGUCGAAAGCUCUUACUAAAACCUUUUAAAAAAAUGUUAUAACAUAAGUUUCACUUUCAAAAGAGGGAACUGCAUGACGCUCUGUCUGACGCAUCUCCAAUGAACAUGGUUUCAUCUUCACUGAUUUAGGAACUGAACAAAAUAUAGCAUAAGAAGUGUUCUACUUGUGCUUCUAAUCUUGUUCAUUUAGUGUUACUUUAGGGGAACUUUUCAAAGCCAAUAUAACCUUAUCCUAACUACUUCUGGUGGCAUUCUUUAAGAACUAGUUUACACAGCAGGCUAGCAUGUAGGUUGUCUAUAGUGAUGUGCACACACUCCCACCUCCCCCAAAAAGGAUUUGACCCAAGACCUGAUUAAAGAGACUACGUCAAGCACUCCAGCAUUGUAUAAAUAUUGAAUAUUAACUUCAUACAUCAGCAUGUGCAUCUAAGCCCACUAUAACAGAUCACACUUAGGGGAAUACCAAUUAUAUGCAGCCUGCUCUGUGUAAGGGGCCCUACACUAAAUGUAGAAAACAAUACAACCCAGGCUCCAUGUGAACCAAUCUCAAGCAGCAAGUUCACUAACACCCCCCAACUGUGCAGAGAUCAUGCUCCACAAGCAAGCAUGAGUUCAGGAGGCAACACUGUUCAAUGUGUUGGAAUGCCAACACAUUGUUUAAUGCAGUGUUAUGGCCCUUGGAUGGAUAUUAUGUCAAACUUCUCAUCUUAACGUUUCGGACUUGUGUGUUAUAAAAGAUCAUGUUAAAAGCACUGUGCUUUCAGUACAAAAUGUUAUAUUUACAUCAUGCACAGAGAGAACAGGAGACUCAAAAGCUUUAAAAUCUAGCAUUCAACAAAUCUAAUAAAUGAAAUUAAAUGUACCUUAAUACAAUACAGACUUGAAUUCUCUUCUCCCAUUUGUGUGGGACUGACCAAUUUCUAUUUUCUUACUAAAUUUAAGAGACACAGUACAAGGCUAAUUUCCAAACAUGGGUUGUUUUUAGCAUACUGUGAUGAAUGUUACUUCUGUCUGAUCUUUGCUGCUACCAACCUGCUAAGUUGGUAAGUUUAAAUAUCACACCUACUGUCAAUGUGCAAAGAAAUUACUGUAUCCCAAAAGACUAUGAAUGCUGCUGUAUAUUUUGUUAUAAAGAAAAUAAAGAGAUUGUUCUUGUUUUGCUUGAA